AUGCACGCCACACGCACCGCCCUGAUUGCACGCACACUGGUGCGCCGCGCAUCGCCCUCUGCGUCGCACGCACCUGCCACACCGUUCGCAGCGCGCCUGAAGAAGUCGACCAACAUCACGGGUGUCGAGGUGGCCAAGUCGCCGCUGGAGCAGCUCGAGUCGCGCUACACGCAGACGCUGCACGUGCUCAAGUCGAUGCCCGAGGCGUCGGUGUACAGACAGGCCACCAUCGCGCUCACCCAACACAGACUCGACGUCGUGCUCAACGCCAAGCGAGACGCGGACAAGGUCAGGUCGCAGCCCGAACAGCUCGAGAAGAUCUACGAACAGGCAGAGGCCCAGAUCGAUGCCGGCCAGCUCGAACAGGUGCUCGAACAGGCGCAGGCAGAGUACAAGCUCGCAGCGAAAAUGGUCGACUGGAAGGCUUGGGAGCCGCUCGAGCACCCGCCUGCUCCCGGACAGUGGUCGUACUUUUCCAUGGCUGAAGAAGCCGGCGAGGGCGGAGAAGACCACGGUCCCAGCAAGAACUAA